CAUUUCGAGGCACCAAACUGCAGUUCACCUGCUUUUACUUACUGAUUCGGAUCCAUUCCACGGCGCCAGCUCGCUCGCUCGCCAGCGGCUAGCGAAAUGGGGUCGAGCCACUCCCAUGAGGAGCCAGUGAGUCAGAGCGAGGAUCCCAAGGCGCCGCUCUCGCUGCCGAUCCAAAACCGCCGCGUCCUGCGCGGCGCGGCAUUGAGUCCGCCGGACGCGGCGCAGGGGCCUGGAGGACCUGGUGGGUUGCCCAUCAAGAACCGGCGCACCCGGGGAGUCACCUUGGAGCCUCCAGCCGCAGGUCGAGAUGUUGCAGAACAGCGUCCAGUGGGGUAUCCGGAGGCCCUGCGGGGUCCGCCCUCGCCGGGCAAGAGCUCCCCCUCUCCGGGACUCAGCUCCCCACAGUCGCGCAGCGGGCCUAGCGCGCGCUAUAGCCGGGUGCACUUCGCAACGAGUCCUGCCUCCGUGGUCGAGAUCACACCGUAUAGCUGGGCGUCCAGCGCCUCAUCUCCCGUCUUCGAGUCCCCGACGUCGCCGACCAUGUGGGUGAACGGGAACGGAGUGACCCUGGGCAGCCCGGUGCAUGGAUAUCCAGCUGUCCCAGGACCCGCAUCCGUGGCCAUGCCAGUGAUGCUACCCCUACAGGCGCAGGCAAUGCAACCUGCUCCCCCCAUGCUGCCACAGCAGGUCUUUUGGAGAGCACCGGUGGCAGCUACUACUUCCCGUGUGCCAACACAGCCAUUGCCGCGGCAGGGGUAACUUUUGUUGACGCCAUGAGAUGCAGCGAACCGGCUCGACCAGGUGGCUCGUGAAGAGCUGCUGUGGCCUUCAGCCGGGCAGAUCAGAUCGUAGAGUUGAUGGACAAGUUGAAAGGGAUUGUCAAUGAUUGUUCUGACAACCCAGGCUCGACAUUUCCUGGGGGGUGCACGUGGAGGUCAUAUGAGGUCUAGAGAAAAUUGUAGACACAUAUCUUCAAAAGCUA